UUGACUCCAGUGGCAAGGAGGGAAAUAGAUCAGACAGGGUCAGGGCUCCACAGGGGUAAAGAAGAGGAAAUAAGCUUGGAGAGAUUUGGAUGCAGAAUCAACAGGAUUUGGAGAGUGGAUAUAAGUUAAGAGGGGGGGAAAGUCAGGGUUUCUGGUUGGAGCAACUGGGCUAAUGGUGGGACCAAUCAAUGAGGUAGAAAAAGCAGCAUAUGGAUUCACCGUGAGACAGAGGCUUUAACUUUGACUUGGUGAAGUCCGCUGGGCCUGGGUGAUGGCCAGAGAUGUCAGGAGGCAGUGAGAUACACAGAUCUGAAAGUCAGAACACUUCCGGCGGUGGUAGAUGUGAAGUGUUUCAGUUCAGUUCUGAUUUCUUUUUUACCUUCGUAACAACAGAAUUGAGGAAGGGCUGAUUCUGGGUUCUAGGAGAGACGUGACGGGGGGAAGGGUGUCAGUCCCCUGAUCCAAAGACGACUCCAGGCUCAUCGCUGACUCGGUUCUCCCUCCCCACAGAUGGCUUUUCACCGCCGCAGGUCCGUGAAAUCCAAGCCCCUGGCCUGCCUUCUGGUGGGUUUGAGUUUCUUGGCCCUGGGUCAGUGGUUCCUCCAAGUGUCCACGUCUCAGCAGAAGAAGGUGAGGGAUGGCUCCCGGUCAGCUGUGAGUGUGACCCCUGCCGUGCCACCGUCCGCAUCCAGCCCAGGGCCCGCGUGCGUGGCCAAUGCCUCAGUGAAUGGCACGGCCGACUUUGAGCAGCUGCCUGCGCGCAUCCAAGACUACCUGCGGUAUCGCCACUGCCGCCACUUCCCGCUGCUCUGGGACUCGCCAGCCAAGUGCGCGGGCGGCCGCGAGGCCUUCCUACUGCUGGCCGUGAAGUCGUCGCCCGCCAACUACGAGCGGCGCGAGCUCAUCCGCCGCACUUGGGGGCAGGAGCGCAGCUACGGCGGGCGGCCGGUGCGCCGCCUCUUCCUGCUGGGCACCGCCGCGCCCGAGGACGCCGAGCGCGCCGAGCAGCUGGCGGCGCUGGUGGCCCUGGAGGCGCGCGAGCACAGCGACGUGCUGCAGUGGGCCUUCGCCGACACCUUCCUCAACCUCACGCUCAAGCACGUGCACCUGCUCAACUGGCUGGCGGUGCGCUGCCCGCAUGCGCGCUUCCUGCUCAGCGGCGACGACGACGUCUUCGUGCACACCGCCAACGUGGUCAGUUUCCUGGAGGCGCAGCCGCCCGACAGCCACCUCUUCGUCGGGCAGCUCAUGAGCGGCUCCGUUCCCAUCCGCGACAGCUGGAGCAAGUACUUCGUGCCCCCGCAGCUCUUCUCGGGGCCGGCCUACCCGGUGUACUGUAGCGGUGGCGGCUUCCUCCUGUCCCACUACACAAUCCAGGCCCUGCACCGGGCCGCCCGCCACACCCCGCUCUUCCCCAUCGACGACGCCUACAUGGGCAUGUGUCUGGAGCGCGCCGGCUUGGCUCCCAGCGGUCACGAGGGCAUCCGGCCUUUCGGCGUGCACAUGCCUGGCGCCCGGCAGCCCUCCUUCGACCCCUGCGUGUACCGCAAUCUGCUGCUUGUGCACCGCUUCGUGCCCUACGAGAUGCUGCUCAUGUGGAAGGCGCUGCACGAUUCCGGGCUGAGCUGUAGCCAAGGGCACAGGGUCUCCUGAGGCCGGGUGGGCUGCGGUGGGUGGGUAAGCAGCCUCUACACGGGAUGCUUUCUGGAUACCUUCUUUCCUAUCCAGCUCCCUGCACCUGAAUUCGAGCCACAAACCAGAAUCACCUGGGUGAGGAGGGUGGAAAAUACCUAAAUCCUGGCCGCAUCUCCGAAAGUGUCCCCAGACUUCUAGGUAUUGUUAAAGUUCUUUCAGGGAUUCGAAUGUGCAGCUAGAAAAGAAGCCCACUGGGCACGGGAGCAUCUGUUAUCCUUCCAAACCCAGCUCCAUCACCCCCUCUACAGCCUUCCAGGACACCCGCCUCAAAUCACUGUAGACAAUGGAGCAAGAGAGGGGUGAAGAGCCAGGAUUAAAUGUCACCUGCAGGUGCAGUACACGUGAGUUGUCACUUCAUCAUUUCCUCCACAAUUGCAUGGAACUGAACGGACAGCCAUCAUCAAAGCCAGCAGUCACAUCAUUCUGACCUCUGCUUCCAUUGGCCCCAUAUCCUUCUCUGACUCUCCUGCUUCCCCUUUCACUUAUAAAAAACUCUUGUGGUCACAUUCGGCCUCUUGGAUAAUCCAAGAGAGUCUCCUUGUCUUAAGGUCAGCUGAUCAGCAAUCUUAAUUCCAUCUGCAAACUUAAUUCCCCUUUGCCCUGCAACCUAAUGUAUGCACUGUAUGUUCUGGAGAUUAGGACGUGGACAUCCCUGGCGUGUGCACAGACCUCACUGCUGCAAAUAACUGGUAACCCAAGUCAAAAUGGCUCAACAUAGAAAGUCAUUUAUUAUAGUUAAGUAGUCUGGUGGGAGGGAGGCUCCAAAGCUGGUGAAUUCAAUGGCUGCAUGAUGCCAUCAUGGACGCAGGCUCCCCCACCUUUCUGCUUUGCCAUCCUCAGGACACUAUUCUUCUCGGCCACAAGGUGGUUGCUGCUCUUCCAGACAUCCUGUCCAUUUGGAAGGAAGGAGCCCUUCCAAAAGCCCCCAGAAGACAUCCUCUAAUAUCUUACUGGCAAACAACAGUAUCUACCUUUGUUUUCUGCCAAGCUAACUUGCUCUGGGGACCACCCCUUACCAAUUCUAUGUGGUUUUGGGGAAACUGUCAUUCACAUUACACAAUCUCCCCCAGAAACAGUGGUUGGAACGUACUCAUGUACCAUCCAAAAAGCAAUUCUGAGUCCUUUUGGUGGGGUUUCAUGUGGACACUGGAAGAAAGUUUUCUCUUCCAUUAGCAUGGCUGGGCUGGGAUGAUGUAAGCUGAGCUGCCAGCUGCUAUCCUGCCCAGGCUGGUGGGGAGAGUCCCUCUGCAGUGGGAGAGGGAAGGCCCACACACAGGGGAAGCAGAGAGAAAAAGAGGGGAGUGAGAAACUGGAUGAUCUCCUUGGGCCCCUGAGUGGCCAUGCUUGAAGUUAGGAUAGCUGGGCUUCAUUUAGGAGAAACAGUAAAUUCCCUGGUGGCCUACAUCAUUUGGGGAUUUUAUCAUUUGCAAUAAAAAAAUAUCCACUAGAACUGUGGUCUGGCCUGAUCACCAGCAGUCAGCCUCCUCCUUAUCUCUCUUCAAGGACUCAGAAUCUACCCCGAGUCCCCACCAAGAGACCUUCACCCAACCCCUGAUGCAUAUCCAGCUGCCUCAGUGGUCAUCUGGUCUUGAAUAUACUGCAAGCACCCUGACUGAAGCCUCUCUCAAGCCUGCCCCUCGACCAACAUGCCCAUCUUGGCAAAUGGCAGUAUCAUGCCCUGAUUUGUCCAAGCCAGGACUGGGAGGGGGUAUCUCAAACUCCCCCUCUCCCUGACACCCCAUCUGAUCAAUCACCAAGUUCCAUAGACUUUACCUCUAAAAUCUCUCUCCACCUCCAUCUCUGUGGACACCAGUCUGGCCUAGGCUACCAGCAGCUCUCAUGUGGGCCUCAGCCAGAGGCACCUAGGGAUCCAUUCUCCACUCUGCAGCCAAAAGGCAGAUCUGCUCACAUUUUGGGCCUUCCCAAACUCUGCCCCUGCUGUCCUCAGAUGGUAGGCAGACUCUUGACUGGACCAGUUGUUUGACCUGCGUUCCUUGCCUUCUCCAGCUGAUCUCUCUUCACUCUGCCAGGGCUCAUGGAACCUCUGGUGUUCAGUGCACUGUCUUGCCUCUAGGCCUUCCCACAUGCUGUUUCCUUGCCUGAAACACCUUUCCACCUUCACUUCAUUUGACAGAAACUUCGAUAUAAGGUUAAGUAUCAUUCCUUGGAGAAGCCUUUCCCAACCCUUGUCCCAGGGCACAGAGCUGCCCAGCACCGCCUCUCCUCACCUCCUGCCUGGUUAUGGCUCUGAAUUCCCCAGAGCCCCCAGCAUCUGCCACUGCCCCUGAAACUCAGUGUCUGUGUUAGUUUCCUACUGCUGCUGUGACAAACUACCAUGCAGAUGUACUGUCUUACAGUUCCGUAGGUCAGAAGUCUGACACAAGCCUCAUGGGGCUAAAAUCAAAGUAUCAGCAGGACUGCAUCCCUUGCUGGCAACUCCGAGGAGGAUCUAUUUCCCGGUCUGUUUUUUCCAGCUUCUAGAGGCCCCUUCCGCCAUCUUCAAAGCCAGAAUGAUGGCCUCCCUCUCUGACUCUUCAGCCUGCACCUUCCACUUUUAAGGACCCCUGUGAUCACAUUGGGCCCACCUGGUAAUCCAGGAUUAUCCUCCUGUCUUAAGGUCAGCUGAUCAGCAACCUUCAUUCCAUCUGUAACCUUAAUGUUCUUUUCCCAUGUAACCUUACAUAUUCAUAAGUUCCAGGGAUUAGGGUGUGGACAUCUUUGGGGGGCCAUUAUUCUACUUACCACAGUAUCCAAUACAUAUUUGUUGAAUAAAUGAGCCAUAAUUAAAUAAUGAACAAAAAUUAAUAAAUGAACAAAUGUGCAUCCUUCAAGCAGACCUCCUUGAUGCAGACUGCUACCUGGACAGUUGAGUGUCACUGACACUGAAUUCCCGUUCCUCCCGUUGCCAUUUUUCAAGUGUUUGUCACAGAUAAGAAAACAAGAAUGCUGAGGCCAGGAGAGGACACCUCUAUGUCCUUUGGAAAAUCUGAAUUCUGUGCUUUGACGACAUCCUCCCAUUUUCCUGACAGGCAGGUGGAUUAUCCCCACUUCAUGGGCAAAGAGAUUGAUUCAGGAACGUCACAGUUCAGAAGAGUCAGAAUGCCACAGUUAUGGGACUGCUGUGUUACUCUGGGUCCUGGUCACCCCAUGUCUGGGCUGCUAGCGUCACCAGGCCCAGGGAAGGCCCGCGGCUCGCA